CCUUCAAGAAAAUUCGCAGUUUGAUUUUGAAACUAGCGCAGAGAUUAGUUUGUGUGGAAAUUAGUUGAACGGGAGGGACCAAGUGUUUUCGGAUACCGAAAGGAAGUGAUUGUGUCAUACUAAAUUAAAUAAAUUUUUUGUUUUGAUCAAGUGAAAUUUUCAAAUUAAAAAAAAAGAAAGAGAAAAUGUCGUACAUCGGUAACACUUCCGACGUGGAGCAGGAAAAAAAUAUUUCGGACUUUCGUCAUAAUCGCAGCAGUAAUAAUUUAGUGGCUAAGAAUAUGGGAAAUUCAAAGAUUUCCGAUGUUUUGUGGAAUGAUAAACGUGAAGACGAUUCCGAUUCGGAAAUUUCGGAUUCAGGAAAUUUUUUGGCCAAAGGUGCGUUUCUGUUGACUCCGUCGCACGAACUAUCAAUGGAACGAGCUGCUUUGAUAUGUGAAAAAAUGAACUUUAAAGGUUGUUUCAGCCUAACAAAGACAGCUACAGGAAUUUUGUUCAAAUUUUCCAGUCCUGAAGACUAUCAGGCUGUCUUCAAAAAAGGAUUUCACAAAGUUACGGGCGCAAGGUUUUAUCGGAAGGUAUAUCAAGUGUCCAUACCAUGUCGUCCACAGAAAACAUUUACUCUCUUCGUAUUAGAUGUACCCGACGAUCUUCCCGUCGAAGACGUGCGUCACUCCCUAUACCGAUUUAAUUCAGUUGUUGAAGUUGUUCGCUUAGUGGUUCAUUUCGCUAACGAAAAGCCACCAAAUGAAGGCACACCACCACCAAAACCUCAACUACCCAAAGUGGCAAAAGAGGACGAACUGCCGAACAAUAAAGAUGCGCCACCUGCACCGAUUCGCAUCACACUAGCCUCAUUGGAUGAAUACAAUAUACUGUUACAGAAUGGACUUGACUUUUAUGGUGCCACCUUCUUCCCAACCGAAUCAAAUUUACCGCAAUAUACGGCAGCGAAAAUUGCUACGAAACGAGGACGUAUGCUCGACGGAAGUAUACCUGGACGAGUUCGUGAAUUACUUCCGGUAUUCGAUGCGGCAGGAUUUUGCAAAAUACCACCACCAGCCAGCAAAACAAUCAAACCUCGCCCAUAAAAAUAUUUCAAUUUUUUUUUUUUACAUUACAAUAUCCUAUGAUCUAUGCCAUGUUAUUGACACAGUUCAUUAACCAUGCCAUCCACAUUGGUAUUAAUGCUACAUAUAUUUUUCUAUGACUUCUGUUCGUCAUUGUUUUACAUUUUAAAAUUUCUUCAUUUUAUUAAAUUAUUAAAAAUCGAAACCCAUUUCCUACCCAAACACUCAUAUGUGAGUGCGGUGUAGGUAAAUAAUACUUUUAUUAUUUUACGAAAUCUAUCAGCUCUACAUAUAUUAUUAUCUAUAUACUGCCGCGCUAACCACUAACCUUUAAAAAUUGAUGGCAUGUGGUUUAUAAUCCCCAUAUUACUAUUUUUUUUGUAUGUUGUAUUCAUAAUAUGAUGCCAAUAUUUCUUCUUCAUUUUUUUUUUAUAAUUGAGAUCACAACUCUUCAUAAAUGAUGUCGGUUAUUGAAUAUUCUUUUUUAUACAUAAAUCUGCCUCUAUAUAAGAUGACUUCCGCUAAUAAAUUUACUAAUUAUAGAAUAA